ACAAAAAAGGACAUAAUAGUUUUGCCAAAAAUAAAGAGAACAAAAUCCUCUCAUUGUUAAUUUGUCACACGGCUCUUGGAACAAACAAAUCGUGUGACAAGUAAGUUUUUAUGUACAACACUUCUUCUUCAACCUUUCUUCUUGAACAAACAAAUCUCAAGCCGAAGAAAGAAAGAGCGAUGGUGAAGGAAAUAGAGCUCAUCUUCAUACCAGUUCCAUCCACAGGUCACCUUCUCGUCAACAUUGAGUUCGCCAAGCGUCUCAUCAGUCUUGACCAUCGGAUCCACACCAUCACCGUCCUCCAAUUGAAUUCACCCACUUCUCCUCACGCCUCCGUCUUCGCCAGAUCUCUCAUCGCCUCACAGCCCCGAAUCCGCAUCCACGACAUUCCCUCUCUCCACGAUCCUCCGCCAUUGGAUCUCUACCAAAGAGCUCCUGAAACUUUCAUUGUCCAGCUCAUCAAGAAAACCACUCCUCUGAUAAAAGACGCAGUCUCCAGCAUCCUUGAGUCGCGUCGCCGAGGCUCAGAUUCGGUUCGGGUCGCCGGUUUGGUUAUCGACUUCUUCUGCAAUUCGUUGAUCAACGACGUUGGUAACGAGCUUGACCUCCCUUCUUACAUAUUCCUGACGUGUAACGCUAGAUAUUUGGGUAUGAUGAAGUAUCUUCCGGAUCGGCACCGGAAAAUCGCCUCAAAGCUCGAUUGGAACUCGGCCGAUGAGGAGUUGUCGAUUCCCGGAUUUGUUAACUCUAUUCCGGCGAAAUUUAUGCCGCCGGGUUUGUUCAAUGGAGAAGCCUACGAGGCUUACGUAGAGCUAUCGCCGAGAUUCCGCGACGCCAAGGGUAUUUUGAUAAAUUCGUUCGCGGAGCUUGAGCCGCACCCGUUUGACUAUUUCUCUCAGCAAGAUAACUACCCUCCGGUGUACCCAGUCGGACCAAUUCUGAGCUUAAAGGAUCGAGCGAGUCCGAACGAAGAGGCGGCAGAUCGGGAUCGGAUAAUGGGAUGGCUCGAGGAUCAGCCUGAUUCGUCGGUGUUGUUCCUAUGCUUCGGGAGCAGAGGAAGCGUUGAUGAGCCGCAAGUGAAGGAGAUAGCUCGAGCGCUCGAACUCGUCGGCUGCAGAUUUCUUUGGUCAAUCCGAACAAGCCCCGUAGAGAGGAACCCUGACGAUGUGUUGCCCGAGGGAUUCAUGGGCCGAGUGGCGGGCCGGGGAUUGGUUUGUGGUUGGGCUCCACAGGUGGAAGUGCUGGCCCAUAAAGCGAUAGGAGGGUUUGUGUCUCAUUGUGGUUGGAACUCCACGCUUGAGAGCUUGUGGUUCGGGGUGCCGAUCGCCACGUGGCCGAUGUACGCUGAGCAACAGCUGAACGCAUUCACAUUGGUGAAGGAGUUAGAGUUAGCCGUGGAUCUGCGGAUGGAUUACGUGUCGGGUCGUGGGGGUUUGGUGGCUUGUGACGAGAUCGCGAGAGCCGUCCGAUCUUUGAUGGACGGUGGGGAGGGGAAGAGGCAAAAGGUGAAGGAGAUGGCUAAUGCUGCGAGGAAGGCUUUGAUGGACGGAGGAUCGUCGUCUUUGGCGACUGCUCGAUUCAUUAGAGAGUUAUUGGAGGAUGGUUCUUGCUAAUCUCUGAUCUUGGGGAACAUAUUUAUUAUACUUAAUACCGUUUUUGUUUCACCAAUCAAUAAACUUACAGGUAUAUGAAAAUUAUUAUGGCUCAGUAAA